AAUACGUUAACCAGGAAGUAAGAGCAUGACCCGAUUGUUGUCGUACUGAAAGCGUGGUAGGUUAGUUAGGGGUUGUUAAGGUUCUGACAUGUAGCAUAAGCAGUAAAAACAUUCCCAUGAUGGCUGUGGCCUGUUUCACUAAGCAGCUGCUCAGGUUUAAUUCAAUAGGAAAGUACAAGAAGCCAGGAAUUAGGACUUUGUCUAAGCACGAGCUCAGGAUCCUGACUCCCAGCCGUGCACGUGCAGCUCCUGUUUACCAAACCUCGAGAUGCCACAGAAACAUCCAUACAACAAACUCCGCAAUGGUCACAAAGAUCAUGACUGCGGAUGAGAUGUUUAACAGGAAAUCCCUGCAGGACUACCUAAGGUCACAGGAAACGGAGUAUAACGAGUGUAUGAGGGCUGUCAAUUCCGCACGCGCACAAACAGACGAUGAGGAGGUGAGAGCAAAAAGGGCAAAAGGGACUGCUUUAGCACCUCUGGUCCAAAAAAUCAAGGAGCUGGAAUCAAAACAGAAGGAUUUUGACGAGACCGAGUCAUUACUAAAAGAAAAUGACCCUGACAUGCGCGAGCUUGCAGAGGCAGAAAGGGAGCACUGUCUGGCAGCCAUGCAAGAAAUAAAACAAACGAUUCUCUCUCUUCUCAUCCCUGAGGAAGAAGCAGACAUGAGCGAUCUAGUCCUAGAGGUCACUGCUGGGGUUGGAGGUCAAGAGGCCAUGCUUUUUACAGCAGAGAUAUUUGACAUGUAUCAGAAUUAUGCUGCUUUCCACGGCUGGGGCUUUGACAUGCUGGAAUACAUGCCAAGUGAUCUAAGGGGUGUACGACAUGCCUCAGCCAGCAUCAGUGGCCCACUGAGCUAUAAAAAGAUGAAGUUUGAAGCAGGCGUCCAUCGAGUCCAGAGAGUCCCGAAGACAGAAAAACAGGGCCGAAUGCACACCAGCACUAUGACGGUGGCAGUAUUGCCACAGCCUGCAGAGAUCUCUUUUACUAUUAACCCCAAAGACCUGAGGAUUGAAACAAAAAGAGCCAGCGGAGCUGGAGGACAACAUGUUAACACAACUGAUAGUGCUGUAAGGAUCGUCCAUUUACCAACAGGCACGGUGUCUGAGUGUCAGCAGGAGCGAUCUCAGAUCAAAAACAAAGAGAAGGCCAUGAAGGUGUUGAGGGCCAAGCUCUAUAGUGCAAAACUGGAAGAGGAGACAAGCAAGAGAUACCAGGCCCGCAAACUCCAGAUCGGCACCAAAGGCAGAUCAGAAAAAAUACGGACUUACAACUUUGCACAAGAUCGGGUCACCGACCAUCGGAUUGGAAAAACUGUGCAUGACGUACAGGGAUUUUUAUUAGGGGAGGAGCUGCUGGACGAGAUGAGUGUGUCUCUGCAGCAGUUUUCAGAACAGGAAACCCUCAUGGACAUUGUUGAAGGUCAAUGACUGAGAUCAAGAGUUAUAUGACAUUAAUUUAAAAUACCGAAUAAAUACUUUCUUUUAAAUGUA